GCCUCGUCACAGUCACACUACUCCUAGUCAGUCUCGCAAUGGCGUCCGUGGGAGGUGGUUGUGUGUCUGUUUAGUUUCAUUCCAACCCGAGCGGACACCGGCCCAAAAUAUUGGCCUGUCUAUACUCGUUCGAAUUACUCCGAUUUAAUUCAAGUAAUUCAGUGUUAGUAAGCGAAUUUCGCCACUACGGACAGUCAAAUUUUGGUACGAUAUCCUCUCAGGGCGAAUCAUUUCAAGAUCAUGCACGUAUCAUCAUAGUUCCUUCUUCGAUUUAAGUGUUUGUGUUCUGUGAACAUUGUGUUAAGUGUCAGUGACAGUGUUGUAGUGUUGUGAUGGAUCCCGGAUCGCCUUCUUUAUUAUGGCCGUUGCGCCUGAGCAAACCAGCGGUGACUGUACCGGUGCCUGUCAACGAAGAAAACAACAAAGCCGAGGACAGGGCACAGUCUCCGUCUCUAGCUGACCGCCUGUCUGCAGCUCCUUCGCCAUCCAGCCCAGCACCCCCGAGUCCCUCGCCACCGCAACACCAAUUCCAAGCGGCCCUGGUAGCAGAGAAGUACCUCCUGCUAGAACAAGUGGAAGGUUCUUCAUUAUGCCGGUGUGUGGACGUGCGCACGCACGAGGAAUACGUUUGCAAAGUAGUAUCAAGAGAUUGCAGUAGUCUCCUCCAAGCGCACUACCGUUUGGAUGGGCAUCCUCACGUGAAUCCUAUCCACGAGGUGUUGGUUGGUGAUAAAAGGGUGUACCUCAUCUUCCCUCGCUCGCACUCAGAUCUCCACUCGUAUGUCAGAGCGAGAAAACGUCUCCGGGAACACGAAGCCAGGAGGCUGUUCAGACAAAUGGCUGAAACUGUCGCAGCUUGCCACGAACAAGGCAUUGUCUUACGAGACCUCAAGCUGAGGAAAUUCGUCUUCGCUGAUCCCCAAAGGACGACUUUAAAACUCGAGUCGCUGGAAGAUGCUGUAGUUUUAGACGACCCCAAAGAAGAUUUGCUCCAAGACAAGCGAGGCUGUCCUGCGUAUGUUUCGCCUGAGAUUUUGAGAGCUCAUCGGACUUACUCUGGACGAGCCGCAGAUAUGUGGUCCCUUGGAGUGAUCCUGUACACCAUGCUGGUUGGAAGAUAUCCGUUCAACGACUCGGAGCACGCGUCGCUGUUCGCUAAGAUAUCUCGCGGAUACUUCGUCGUACCGGAAUGUUUGUCGUCCCGUGGUAAAUGCCUCAUACGUUCCCUGUUACGUCGAGAGGCUUGUGAGCGGCUGAGUGCGGCGGAUGUGUUGAGGCAUCCCUGGCUGGCCCGCGAUCCUCGCAACGAGCUGCCCCCGAGAGCCGCCGCCAGCCACGACCGGCUCGUGCCAGACAUACAGAUGGACAUCUAGUUGUCUCGAGCCCUAAACAAUAAGACGUUUAAUUUUAAUAUUAACCCUAUCACCGGUGCUGGCAUCGGUUAAGCAAUAGCGGGUUACCAUUCGUUACACUAGUUAGUUUUACACUUUUAAAAUUUCGAGAUCUCGUUUCUAUAUUGAUUCUGUUAAUUUAUUAGGUAACUGGCAUUUAUUAUUGUAAAAUGGUAACCCUGGCCGGGCGGCGCCGUCCGCGGCUGACUUGUUGUAUUCUUCAGGCCUAGUUCGUUGUAAGCUUGCGGCUGCUCACUGAAAUGUCGGUCCGAUGACACGCUCCGUCAAUAUUUACAGCAAGUAUCCCAAGCCAAAAAAGUUCUCUCCGCGAGAUUUUAAUUUAGUGUUUAUAGGACGGAGGAGGCGGCGGGACCGCUUCCCCAUUUAUUUAUGAAGUAGAAGCUAUCCGCGCCACAAUGGGAAUCGCAGAAUCUGUUAUCGCCGCUGUACAUUCGACGGCGUGCAAGUUUUGUGCGGCUCUCAUUGUCGCUACGUGGUUUUUACGAGCUGUGGUAUAAGUAGUUGUAUCGUUCGUAAUGACAGUUUAAGUGAGACUGAUAUCGAGCUCUUGUGAUCCAAUGAGUGUUAAGAGAUCUUGUGUAAACCACCGUCAGCGACAACCCCGGACGGUUCAGUGUCGAGAGUUCCGUUGACUGCUGCGUUAAUUCCCGUUAAAUCCAUUAAUCAUAUCAAUUUCACACCAAUAUAUAUGGUUAUAUUGCAUUGAAGUUGUUGCUAUUUAGUGUUAGUUGGUCCUAGGAUGUAUAUUUUGUAUUUAUAUUUAAAUUGAAAUAAUAAAUAAAAUUAUAUCGUGUUAUUGUGAUCUCCACCGAUGUUAUUUAGCGAUUACUUGAUGCCAUUAUGUUGUCACGCAGAUGUUCCACUCAGAUUUCUGUCUCACGACAGUCAGAUGCUUCCAUCAGUUUUUUUUUUUAUUAUUAUUAUUAUAUUUGUUUUUUUUUUCUUUUUGGUUGUCGAAAAUCGUGAUUAUGUAUUUGAAAUAAAAUUAAUAUGUUAUAAAAGUAUGAAACAAAAAUUAUAUUAUACGCAUCACCAUGUACCGAAUCGAUUGUAGCUUGGUUUGUGCCAUUUAUUUAAUUUAAAACUAAUUUAUUUGUUGUUGUAAUGUGCGAGGACUCGUGGCUGCACUGCUUCCUAUUAUUUAAUAAUAAUAAAAAAAAUCAUACCGUUUGGUACUUGGUGCUGUUACUGAAUUGUUUUUACGUUAAUCAUUUUGAAUCGAAAAAAAAAUAUCCAAUGAAAAAAUCUAUUGUUACCGUGAUAUAAAAUUGUUAGCUGUUCGGAAACCGGUCGAACUUUCGUAUUGAAAGUGUGUUGUGGUAGUCAAGUCUUACAGAUGAAAGUUUACUGUACAAUAGUAGUUUACUGUAAAAUAUACUAUUAAUACUUUAAUUUAUAUAAACUGUACAUAAAGUAAGAUAUAAUAAGUUUAUCAAAAAAAGGAGGAAUGAUAGAGGGAAUAAAUAAUUUAGAAAAUUAAUACAA